GCAGCUGGACGCGGCCACCUCGAAGCCACGUCAGGGCAGCCCCAGGUCGGGCGCGCGCCAGCAGCAAGAGGUAUAACUGUAAGAAAUGAAUUUUAAUGUCUGGAAUAUCAAAGAGAUGCUCAGUAUUCCUUCAGGCUCUGGGAACAAGAAGUUAUCCAACUGGAAUAAUAAUCAAAAUGAUUAUUCCAGUCUCAGCGAUUCCCAGUUCCUCUUUGGAUCUCAGUUCUGUCCAGAAAAUUCAGAAACCCUAUCAGCACCCUUGGACUUCGGUGCCCACUUGAGACAUUCAAAACAGUCACAACAGAAUUCUCUGGAGGGUGAACCUAGCAUUUUCACAAAGUACCAGACAAAGCCCCAGCUGUUUGGAGGAGAUAUAAAAGAUGGAGGUUUAUUUCCUCCUCCUUUGUCAGUUGGAAAAUCAAAAGGCCUCUUGGAACAGUUUGAGGAGAAAAAGAAAAGGGCAAAAGACAAAUAUGACAGUGAGACUCUAUACAACUUUGUUUCUAAUGUUAGAGAAAGCAUUCACAGGUUGCAGACGUCUGUGGAAAAGUCUGAGGAACAUCUCAGUUCAAGAAGCCAAUCUAUUUUGGAUUCUUUGGAGACUGUGGCCAAGACAUUACAAGAGACUGUGCAGGCCCAGAAUGACCUGGUGUUUGAGGCAGUCCAGGACAAAGGCAACAUGGAGCAGGCCAUCCUUGAGAUGAAGAAAAGAUCUGAAGCUAGACAAGCAGAGUUUAUAGAAAUGAAGUCCAACCUGAAGCACCUUGAAGUUUUAGUUGCUCAACAGAGUCAGGAAUUCCAGCAGCUGUGUGAGCAGCUAGGCCAGCUUAAUGUGCCCAGUGUCCUAGCAGAGCUGAAGAGAUUGAUCUCAGUGCCUCCAGUACCUGGGCAUGUAAAAGACAGCGCUUCUCAGACGUCGCCACCUUUGGCCCAGAGCCUCAAUCUCACCGGGCAGGAAAAAUACACCUUUGAGAAGCCAGUUUUAUGGCAGGCCCAGGCCCUCCCUGCUGCAUGGAAUCCUGGUAUGGGUUCCCUACAGCCUGGAGAAUUUGGUGUCUGGGGUGAAGGAGCAAAGAAUGAUGCUCUCCAAGAAGAGGCUGCACUGCCAGCAUUUGGGUCCCAUGAAAGAAAUAGGCAUGUAAAGGACAAGGCAGUGCAGACUAACUGCAAGAACUGGGCUGUUAUUAAAACAGAUGCCAAGAACUGUGGUUCCAGCAUCCAAGGCCAUAAGAUUCCUAGUGACAGGGACCUGGUUUCCCAAGGAGCCUCACAGCUCACAUCACUGGAGAUAAACAACUUUUCAACCAGCAUUAAGAAUGCCUGCCAAAAAUAUCAAGCCCAAAGUAUGUUUUUGUGUGACCCACGUGAACAUUUGGUGACUAAACAGAAAGAUGGGACUGAAGAAAUGCAGGGGAAAGACAAGAAGCAGCAGCCCAGGAAGGCCCACAGGGCCCACAGAGGCAGGCUCCUAGCCAGGAAGCAGAAACAAAUCCCAAACCAGACCUCUAAAUUCAAUUCCAAAUAUCAGAGUCCUCAGCCUGCAAUUUCUGUCCCACAAAGGCCCUUCCUGGGGCAGCAGGAACCCCAUGCUCAGCCUCUGCAUCUGCAGUAUCCCAGGAGCCCCAGAAAACCAGUCUUCCCUGUUCUGGGAGGAACAAUCAUGCCCAAUAAGACAGCAAGGGCAGUGCAGGGAAGACUCUUGCAGUUCAGCAGAUGCUCUUCCCAAGACAACAGGCUACUUUCCAGCAGUUCUCAGGGGGACCACCAGAUGAGCUGGUUCAGUGACCUCAAUCUUGGAUGUUCAGAGACCCCUCUAUGCAAGGAGGCAGGAAAGAAUUUGCUCUAUGACCUGGGUUUUGAUAGCAGUGAUGAUGAUGGCUUCUGACCAGCCCACAGUUAAUUUAUUGGUCUCAGCUAGAAAGACAAAUUGCAGGACAUUUGGGCUGGCCAAGAGCAGAAAGUCCCUGAAGCCUGCCAAAUACCCUAGGGUCAGAGGCCCUGCUGAGGUGGGGUCAAUGGGCACGAGGGGAGGGAAGGUCCAGCACUCUGGGUACCAGGUGCUGCCCAUGACAAGGAUUAAGUGCAUCCUUAUUUGUUGGAAGGAAAUGUGAAAAUGGUGGUGAUGAGAGCUGAGGCAGCAGCCUGGUUGUGGUGCAUCUGGAGCCCCUGGGUGCCUGUACUUGGCGAAAGGCGGGCAGGCCUCCUUAUGGAAUACUGUGUAGCAGAAGGGCUCUCAUAAAACUUGCUGUGGCAGCAUGACUCCAAACAACACUUUUGGGUCUUUAAAAUAUUCCCUACACAUGACCAAUACAUUUUCAGGCCUCAGGAUUUUUUUCUUUCUUAUUUUUAGCCACUCAUGCUGUCAGAGUGUUUGCAUUUUUUGAUCAGUAGACAUAUUACAGGACACCCUAAAUCUUCUUGUGAACAGAGAAAAUGAUAAGCCUGACAGUGAAAGAGGUGACAUGCACUAGCAAAUGUCCAGAGCAUCACUGCCCACAAGCCAUUUUUCUUCCUGGCUGCUUUUUCCCUUGUCCUGUUUUUCAAGCACUUUCUUAAAACUAAUAAUAUUGUAGACCUUGUAUUAUUUCUGAAGAGCAGUGGGCUUAUAUGGGACUUUGGCUUUCCAUUUAUAUCUUGCUGAAGUUUUUUGAAUUUUUGCAACACAUAUGUAUUUUUUGUUAUCAGAAAUAAAACAUUU